AUGGGGGACAGGGGAGCCGGAAAGAGGGGCGGAGAGAAAGUGGAUGGAUGGGGGAAAGGGAAGGAAGAAAUUUGGAAGAGUGGGAGACGUAUUUAUACUCUCGCCAAGAGAUGUAUAAUCUUGGCCGAGGAGGAUGCAAAAUGGCGAUCUGGAUCGGGCGGGUGUGUGGAAGGGCGUGACAGUGACUGGGUUGAGGGUGUCCGGCGCGCAGAGUUACCGCGAGAGCCAUACGCGCUGCAAUCGCACAAUCCCUUUACCGUCCCCGCCGUCCGCCGUCCCGCCCAGUUAGUCAUCCACCAUUGGCCAUCGCAGACUGCCAUUCAGCGGAUCCCAGCACGUGCCCCACGCGCGUCAUUCCCUUCCGUAGCGAUUACACACGACGCGACGACUAUGAACCCCAACGCAUUCUCCCAGCAAGGCCCAUCAGGCAUAUCCCCAGCCAUGCUGAACUCGUUCCAGCACCAGCAAAAGCAACCGACCACUCUGAACCCCGCCCAGCUCCUGAACGGGACUGGUACGAACAUGAACAUGAACUCAAUGAACGGCAUCAACCCCGCCCAGCUCAUGCAGCAGCAGAUGGGUGGAAUGGGUAGCAUCAAUCCAGCUGCCCUGUCUGUGCCGUCGCCAUCGCCCCAGCAGUCGCAGUCGCAGUCGCUCAACAUCAACAACAUGCUCUCCGCCGUCGGCAUGUCGAGGGACCAAUUUGCCUCGCUCUCGCACCACCAGCAGCAGAUGGUCGGCGCCAAGUACAUGGCCAUGGCCCAGCAGCAGCAGCAACACCAACAGCAGCAGAUGCAGAUGCAGCAAGGCAUGCAGAUGCAGAGUCACCAAAGCAUCGGCCAGUCCUAUGACCGACCGUCGAGCUCGGCCUCGUCGCAUUCCCAGCCAGGUCAAGCCCACAUGAUGCCCCCGCCUCCUCCCCGUCCACCAACGGCCCAGGGUGGCAUGCACCAGCAGUUCCCUGCGCAACAAGGACAGCACAUAUCGCGACCAGGUACGGCGCUUUCUCAUCGUUCGCCGACGAUUCCUGGUCCGGGUUUAGCGAUGAUGGAUGGUCAGAGGCCCCAGAGUUCUCUUUCACAGCGCGACGGAAUGAAUGGCUUUAAGCCAAGUCAACAGCAACAGCAAUUCAACCAAUUGCAGCAGUCGGCCUCGAGCUCAAACGCACCGACCCGGAGUCCUUCCCAACAAGGAAAUCUUCCCAGUCCACAGCAGCAACAAGCCAACCAGAACGCGAAUGCGAACCUAUCUCAAAUACCGAACUUAGGCCCAAACCCGCCCUACCCCCUCAGCACCUCGCCAACAAACCGCGGUGCAAAGAGGAAGGCGACAGGGGAUGUGAUACAGGGGAAUAUGAGCGGAAUGGGGAACAUGAGCGGCAUGGGAAACAUGGGAAAUGUAGGAGGUAUGGGCCACGUUGGUGCUAUGGGUGGCAAUAUGGGUGGUAUGGGUGGAGGCAUGGGCGCCAUGGGGGGGAUGAACCUGAAUAUGAACGCCAACGCCAUGGGUAUGGGCAACAUGUCCGGCAUGAACAUGGGUAUGGGGGUACCAGGAAGCCCACGUAUCGGUUCCAGUAUGACCAUGGGUCCCCCUGGCCUGCCCCGGAGCGUCUCAGGCGACAAUAUUGGUAUGGGCAUGACUGGUAUGGGCAUGGGCGGCGGAAUGGGUGGAAACGUGGGUGGGAUGGACAACGCGAACAUAAACAUGAUGAACGGCGCGCGACAAUCCCCUCGCCCCCAGAGCUCGAUGGGGAUGAGUGGAAUGGGCGGUAUGGGCAACGUCAACAUCGGUGGUGGCGGAAUAGGUAACAUGAGCAAUAUGGGCGGCAUGAACAAUAUGGCCAGCAUGAAUAACAUGGGCAACAUGAACAUGGGGAUGGGGAUGAACGUUGAUGUUCCAGGUCGUAUGGGUCCUCAGGCCAUGUCGAACGCGCCUCAAGGCAUGCGAACCAGUAACAUUGGAAGCCCUCAAACCCCAAUGCGCCAAGGUUCGCUGCCGCCUCAAACACCCCUACCUGCACAGCAAAUGCAGAUGGGAAUGGGAGGGAUGCCACAAGGAAGCAUGGCUCCGCAGACCCCAAUACAAAGCCACCAGUCGAUGCGACAGGGCUCCGUACCACCCUCUGCUGCUGCUGGACGAGGUAGUUUACCACCUGGAACAGGAGGCCCCAUGGGUAUCGGCGCCCCAUCCAGUCCUCUUCCAGGCGUCGCCGGUUCGCAGAUAGCACCAUCGGUGUCUGCAUCUUCCAUUGGUUCGAUGUCUGGAGCGGCGUCAGCAACGGCAGCGCUGCCCUCAUCUGCAGGUGUAACAGGAGGUGCACCAAUUGGAGGAAUCGGUCCACCGGGUUUGAGUGCGUCGGCGUCUAUCUCAUCGACCUCCGGGCCGUCAGGCUCCGUCCCACCUUCGACCUCAUCAGCUACAGGAGCGCCAGCCCUUCCACCCUUGCCUACAAACGUCAAACUCAACCCCGCCACGACAGCCAUCACUGCCGUGCCACUCUUGACGUCAACAUCUGUCAUACCCGCCUUGGAAGAUGAAGAGCUACGAAAGAUCAAGGAGUGGAUGGAAAUUGACAAGGCGUAUGAUGCUCGCUUACGCACGAUGCGCCAGAGGGCGGGAGAAGAAGCCAGAGUGGCUCUUGGUCUCGGCGGGGGCCCGGUUGUAGAUGGCAAUACACGUAAUAAGGGCUGGGCAGGUUCAGGUGCGAUUACAUGGUGGGAGCGCGGUGCACCCGGCAACGGUAUGGGUAAUUGGAAUCGGUACAGGAGAGGUCGUGAGGGUUUCGACGUGAGGUAUCCGAAGGUUCGCAGAGACGGGCACGGACAGAGCAGGAGUGGGCGGAAAGGUGCAAAGAGGGAGGGGCUGAGGCUGCCGAGGAAGAUUGACCCGGAGGACGCCAACAGACCAGAGCAGCUCGUACCCAUCCGGAUUGAGUUUGACGUUGAGCAUCACAAGAUGCGGGAUACCUUCGUCUGGAACCUCAAUGAUCCCGUCGUAACGCCCGAAGCCUUCGCCCAGUCCGUGGUAGAAGACUAUGGCCUCGCGUCGUCCUACCAUAGCAUCAUCGUCAAGAGCAUUCAGGAUCAGCUAAGUGACUACAAUGCGCACAUGGCCAAUCUAGACUCGCACGACCAUGAAGACUCUGGGAUGAUAAGGGGCUCCCUUGACGAGAAGGAGACGAAGUGGUGGGAAGCUUGGAGACGCAAGCUGGAGAGGGACAGCGGGAACACCUCUUCGAGAGAUAAGGAGAAGAGACCCAAGAGAGAAGGCAGUAAGCAGCGGAGCAACAAGAAGAAGCGGAAGACGGUGAAGCAGGAGUCGGAGGAGGGUCAGGGUGAUGACGCCAGCAUGUUCGCGGACAACGAAUGCGAGUACGAUGAUGACCGGAAGGCGGUUUCGUUCGCUGGCGACGAGGAGGAGACAGACCUGGACAUGGACCUGGAAGACGAGUUCAAGCCACUUUCAAUUGAUGAGAUCAAGGUCAACGAACAGAACACGCACGAAGACAUGAGGAUUCUGAUCAAGCUGGACAUCAUUGUAGCGUCUAUUAAGCUCGACGACCAGUUCGAGUGGGACCUUGAUAACCCUGAUGCGUCGCCCGAGGAGUUUGCGGAAGUCUACACGCAAGAGUUGGGCCUUGGCGGCGAAUUCAAAACUGCCAUUGCCCAUUCGAUAAGAGAGCAAGUUCAGGCGUAUCAAAAGUCUCUCUUCCUUGUCGGUCAUCCGUCAGACGGCUCGGCUGUCCAGGAUGACGAACUGAAACAAUCCUUCUUACCGAGUCUCACAUCUGGUGCUCGCUCUGUCGGCGAAGUGCAAGCUUUCACUCCGUUGCUGCACUAUCUCAGCGAUGGAGAGCUCGAGCGCACAGAGAAGGAUAGGGACAAAGACCUCAAUAAGCGCAGAAAGCGGAACACACGCGGACGCAGGGGUGUUGCCCUGCCGGAUCGCGAGCCUAUCAGGACGUAUCGUACCCCUGCGAUUGGAUUCCCAGAACUGGAUGCUGCGACUCUCGCGGCGGCCGUGGCUGCCAACGCGCCUGUUUCACGUCGUGCGGCGGCUGCAGCUGCGUCGCUGACUAUUGCAAACAUGGUGGCCUCGGAGAAUGGGUCGACGUACAUCCCGCAGACGCUACUCCAGCAAGCACCACAACCCACGCCGCAGACAACGGCGCAAAAGGACACCAAGAAGCCGAAGGGAUUGUUCAAGGCUCCUACUUUUCCCCAAUCUGUUCUCCGGCCGAGAGCACUUGUUCACGCACCUACACCGUCCACUGCAGCGGAUACAUCAAACAUGCCACCUGGGCCUGUCGACAACGAGGCACCGCGGUCUUCUUCGUCUGCCAUACCUCCGCCAGAUAGUAGGUCAAACAAGGCCAUCACUGCGAAGAGAGCUAAGGAGCUCGAGAGAGAGGCGAAGGAAAAGGAAUUCGUUGAUGGGCAGCACCCUAAUUAUAUUGAUGGUGUGUGGCACUGCUCGAAUUGUGGCUGUCCGGAGAGCAUUGCCGUUGGACGACGGAAGGGCCCAUUGGGAGAUAAAUCGCAAUGUGGCACGUGCGGGAAAUACUGGCAUAGACACAGGAGACCACGGCCUGUGGAGUACAAUUCAGACCCUGACUUCCAUUCUGGUCUCAAGCAGAAGGAGGCAGAAGCCUUGCGCACGCCAGCGAAUAAGAAAAAGGGUGCAGCAGCGGCUCUUCGUGCUCAAAGUGCGGCGAACUCUGCUACCCCUCUCGCUGAUGUGUCGGAACCGCAGACACCGGCUCGAUCAAAUGGAGACCUGGAAGCAUCUUCGUCUAGGAUGUCUCCUGCCCCUACUGCUCCGAUCAUCGAUGAUGAUAGAGCCAUGUCACCUGUCUCGACUGCGUCCAGUGCAUCAGAAGCACCUCUGGCCCAAAAAGUGAAGAUGAACGGCGUCAACCACACCAAGGCUCCUGCUCCCACUCCUGCCCCACGUCCUGCGACUCCUGCCAGGACCCACCCCCCCGAACCAGCACAGCCUGCUCCUACUCCUGCCCCUCCUGCUCCCGAACCGACAGCGCCCCCAGCGCCGCCGGUUGUACCUGCACCCGCACCUGCACCUGCUGCAACACCGACUAGUCCUCCCAGAACAUGGCCUCCGCAGUGGUUGUCCCAGCAAAUGCAAAUUAUGCAAAGCAGAUAUCCCAACGACCGAUUCGAGGUUAUUCUGCGUCGCGUCGGUGCGACCACCACUGCUGAAUGGCGGAUCAAGUGUCUGGACUGUCCUGGCAAGCUGUAUACCCCUGGACCUCUAGAAACUCUCUCAAAUUAUGAAGUUCACCUUAAAAAUCGUCAGCAUAGACAACGCGUCAAUGAUCGUCUUGCUGCUGCAGCAGCUAACACAUAG